AUGUUUCGAAAAGCAAUACUGUCUUUCUUUUCCGUCCUGGAGAGAAAAAAAAAGAAAAAGAAAACUGAAGACGAGUUACGCACAUCAGGGCUCCCAGCAACAAAGUGGAAUUUAUUUCUUGAACGGACCAAUAUCUUAAGUAUGAGCCAGAUGUUUAGGAAAAAAACCAAGAAACCAGAAAUCUCAAAGCCCCAGAACUUUGAGCAUCGUGUUCAUACGGGCUUUGAUCGUGAGCAGGGCACAUAUGUAGGUUUACCACCACAAUGGCAAGGCAUCAUUGGACCAAGUGAACGUCGUCGCCCAAUAGUAGAUCCAGCACACAUUACGCCCACAGAUGUGGGUAUCUACAAGACCAUUGUGCGAGGAAAUUCUUCAAACAAUAUCAAUGGUUUUGGACCAGAAGGGAAAAACAUUACUGUAGCCCGGUCAAAUUCAUUAAGAAAGGAAAGUCCUCCAUCUCAACGAAAUACCCGAUACACUCCAGACAGCUAUUACCCAUCAGUGCCUGAGGAGGAACCAAGUCAUUACUACAGUCGUCCCCUAUCUGCUCAUGGCAACCCUCACAGUCUUGACCCUCAACUACACUACAUGCAACAACAUAUAAAUGGACCCUACAAAGACAAUGACUAUAGAAGUUUACCUCAGGAACCUGUUAGCCAGAAAAACUAUAUGGACAGUUACAACCGUCCAAGAUAUUUGGAAACUGAUCGUAGGUAUAAUGAUGAACGUUCUCGUGAAGCCCCACCUCCCUAUUCAACAGUUUAUGGGGGUGGUGGUGGUCCCAACAACAGACACAGUAGAGAUGAUUAUCGGUCCCAAAUGAAUGGAGGAAUUAUGGUUCCUGUUCUUCCAAAGCACAAUAAUUUCCCACAUCCACUCGGUAACGUAAACAGAGUGUUACCAAAACAUCAAGGUAGAAUGGAUUAUGACAAGAUAAGAUAUGAUAGAAAAGAAGAUUUUAGGGAAGUUGGAAGACCUUGUACUUUACCAAAAGGGAGAGUAUCCAGUCCAUUUAAUGGGGAUGUGCAUGGCAACAACAACAUGAGUGGUGGUCCCAAUAGUGGUGGAGCAGCCCCAGGAUCUGGAGGCAACGUCCCACCCUCUGCUUUUCACCUAUCUCCUGGUUCCAAGUCCCCCCAGACAGCCAUUCCUCCUGGAAACUUACCCUCCAAACCACCCUUCACUGAACAGCAGAGACUCACCCAUGAGCAGUUUCGAGCCACUCUCCAGAUGGUGGUCUCUCCUGGUGAUCCACGUGAUGAUCUUGAUUACUUCAUCAAAAUUGAGGACAACAGGACAGCAGUGGCUGUUAAAAAGAUGGACCUUGGCAAACAGCAAAAGACGGAAUUGCUAUUUAAUGAAGUAGUUAUUAUGCGGGACUAUCAUCAUCCAAAUAUUGUGGACAUGUAUGAAAGCUAUCUAGUUGGAGAUGAAUUGUGGGUCGUGAUGGAAUACCUUGAAGGAGGAGCUCUCACAGAUAUUGUCACUCACAGCAAGAUGAAUGAGGUUCAGAUAGCCACUGUGUGCAAGGCUUGCCUUCAAGCUCUGGCCUAUUUGCAUUCGCAUGGAGUAAUACAUCGGGACAUCAAAUCUGACUCUAUAUUGUUAGCUCAUGAUGGAAAGGUGAAAUUAUCAGAUUUUGGAUUCUGUGCCCAAGUUAAUCCUGACCUACCCAAGAGAAAAUCACUUGUUGGUACACCUUACUGGAUGGCACCUGAGGUUAUUUCUCGUUUACCUUAUGGACAAGAGGUGGACAUUUGGUCAUUAGGCAUCAUGGUGAUUGAGAUGGUUGAUGGAGAGCCACCUUUUUUCAAUGAACCCCCACUGCAAGCAAUGAGAAGAAUAAGAGACAUGCCACCACCAAAGCUGAGAAAUGACACAAAGAUAACACCCCGCCUCCAAGGAUUCAUUGAAAAGAUGCUUGUACGUGAUCCAUCAUCUCGAGCUACAGCCUACGAGCUUCUUCAACAUCCAUUCAUUCAACAGGCAGACCAUCCAAGUUGUCUCAUUCCACUAAUUAGGAAUCUCCGACACAGUCCUUGCUAG